AUGUACGGCGAACUGGGAAACAAACUGGUCCAACACGCCAAACGCACCCAAUCCCUCGUCCACCUCCCCCCCUACCAGACCGAACUAGUGCGCACCGUCGCCCGCGAAGUCCGCGAUCUCGACCGCGAUGUCGCCCGUCUCCUCGAACCCUUCGGCGGCAGCUUCAACCCCUCCGCAGACCCGGCAACCGCCUGCGCCCUGCUAGUCGACCACAUCUGCACGCGCCGCAACAAGCGCUGUCUCCUUGCGUAUCAUCGCGUGCGCACGGAGAAGCUCGAGGAGCUCUGCUGGAAUGGGGUUGAUGUGCUGGAGCAGGAGCAGCCGAAUGCAGAGGAAGGGGCGGCGGCACAUGGGGUGGUGAGUUCGCAGGCGGGGAACCAUAGCUCGUUGAGUCCCGAGGAGGAGGAGUAUUUCCGGCAGUAUAGUGAUAUGCUGGCGGCGUAUAAGGGGCAGUGGACGGACAUUGAUUUGACGGGAAGUUUGGAGCCACCGAGGGAUCUGUUUAUUGAUGUGCGGGUUUUGAAGGAUGCAGGGGAGAUUCAGACGGAGUAUGGGGUUAUCAAUUUGACAAAAAACAGUCAACUCUACGUUCGACAGGGCGAUGUGGAACGGCUGAUCGCGCAAGGGUUCCUGGAGCGACUGAGUUGA